UCCACUCAAUAUAAAAGUAUUUGAUUAAGGAUUUCCAAAAAAACAAUUGGCUAUCAUUUAAACAUUAUCUUAUCAGAAGGAGAUUUGAUAACAGUCGCGCGUGAGCAGCGGCGCGCGCAGCACGGCGCUUUCGUAGGGCUGUGGUACAGGUGGUGAGUGGUCACGCCAUGGAGCUGGUGGACGAGUUCUGUGACUUGCUGCAGGUGCACACUAACCGCGACAAGGUGGUGCUUCUGGCAUGCUACUCGCUCAAAUGGUGGGGGGCGGCGGCGCGGCGCCCGGAGCUGAGCACGGCGAGCGCGCGGCUGGCCACGGCGCGCGCCGCCAUGCGCCUGUUCGACGACGCGGCGGUCAUCAAGACCCUGCAUGCUUACGGGCUGGGGAAGCAGGAAGGCCCGUGGUGGGGUUCGUUGGGGACGUCCCACAGCGUCUUCACGCUCGCGUACCUGCAGGCGGAGAAGCUGAUCUUCCUCAUAGACACGGGGGUGUUGCUUCUGGAUGAACAGAGAGCCUACAAGAUCCGGACGGCGCAUAAGUUAUUUUGGACCUUGUUCACUUUUGUGGGAUUUCUCAGAUCGAUCCGCGCGCUGCACCUCGCCGCCCGCAACCUGCAGGCGCCAGAGCGCAGCAAGUGCGCUGCCGCGCGCUUCACGCAGGCCACGCUGGUGAGCAGCAAGGCGCUGCUGGACGUAGUGCACGUGGUGAGCUGGCUGCCGCGCGGCUGGCCGUGGGGCGGCGCGCUGCCCACGGCGCGGGCGGCGGGGCUCGCCACGCUGUCGGCCGUGCUGGGCCUGCUGAUACACUACCGGGGGAAGAAGCUGAUGCCGCGAUAA